GGACUAGAAACCUAACCUUUAAAUUGCACAAAAUAAUAAACCGCAAGUAAACAUUGCAAGCACCAAAUAAACCGACUAUAAAAACAAUUGUUGUAAACCUGUAUGUAAACAUAGUUUAAACAAAUGUUAAUCAAGUUCGAAUUGUUAUGUCAAAAGUUUGAAAGUUAAUUAGUAAAUAAGUGGAGUAAGAAGAUUUAACCCUCGAUUUAACCCAAAUUUCAAAAACUCAAUAAAGAGAAUCAAAGAAAUUUACAAGAGUGAAAAAUAAAAAGGUGAAAAAUGUUACCAAACAUAUUUAGAAAGAUUAGUGAAAAACAAUUUGUUCUGCGAAGAUAUUUUGAUAAAACUAAAUGUUCUACUUUCAGAAAUAAUAAUUUCACACAUUGUAGAUGCCUAAGUAUAACCAGUAAAUACAUAAAAACAGAUAAUUAUCCACUGAAUUCUCUUUCAGAGAAUACUCAAAGAUUUUGCACUAAUAUUGCAACUGCAAGAGAUGAGAAUUUUCUCGAAUCUGAACCAAUAAAAUUGCAAAAUACAGAAAUUACUAAUGGAGACAUUGAAAAAUUAUUAAAUUUAGAUUGGACAAAAAUUACAACAGAAGAAUUCAUUCAUAAUUUUGGAAAUCUCUAUUUGUAUAUUAGACAAACGAAUGAUUUACUAAAUAUCAAUUUUGAUAAUCUUUUACAAGGAAUUUCAUUACUGACUUCUAAAUUUUCAACCAACGAAAUAAUUUUCAUCUUUAGGCAUACAGCUUCUUGGAAAAAUGGAUCAGAAAAUGUUUUAAAAUUAAAGCAACAAAUAUUAUCAAAUUUUAAUGUUGAAUUAAUAAAGAGAUUAAAAGAAUUCAAUUUUCAUGAUCUACAAUUACUCUGUCAAUCAUACAAACACGUUGCUCUUGCGAAAAAAAGUCCUUUUGUUUUGAAAGCAAUAUAUCGCAUGAAUGGUAAAAUGAAAAAAUUAACUCCACUGGAAAUAUCCAAAUUUAUGCAAUUAAUUGCAUAUUGUAGUAAUCUUCCAUUAAACUUUUACAAUAUUGAAUACGCUAUUGAAAAAAAAUGGGACACCUUUGAAAUUAAUCAAAUUUUGUACAUAUUUUAUGGAUUUUUAAGAAACGAAUACAAAAUUAGAAAUAAAAACAUGAGAGAAUAUAUUUAUCAAUUUAUUCUAAAGAACAUAAACGAAAUUGACACUGCACAUAUAAAUACUGUUUUCCAAUAUUUAAGUCUUCUGUAUAAAAUAACUGACAAUUUUGAUGAAAUUAUUCAAAGAAUAUUAAAAGCCAUUCAACCAAGAUUGGGCGAACUUUCUUUGAGGAAUUUGUCUAACAUUCUUAAUCUAGCAGCAUCUGUUACUAUCCGUGAUGAAGUAUUGAUUGCUUAUAUUACGGAAAGGUUUGCGAGUGAAAUGCACAAUUUAACACUGACAGAUAUCGAAAGAAUUUCCUGUAACAUGUCAGUAUUUAAUUACGCCAAUCAUCCUUUUUAUAAUGAUGUUUUGAACGAAUUGAAUAAUCCAAGUCGACAGGAGGAGAUUUCAAAUCACACGAGAGCAUUUAUUCGUAUUCUACAGAGUUUGGUUUACGUUAAUAUCUAUCCGGAGAAUUUAAUAUCAAAAAUCAUGGAUCAAGAAUAUAUAGAUAAAAAAUAUAAGAGUCCGUAUGCAAUGAUUGGUUGUCAUUAUUUCAUAUAUAACUCUCUGAUUAUUGAGCGUCCUAAUUAUUCAGGACAUUUAUUAAGCGAGAAAUUACAAACGCAUUUUUCAAAGAAAUUUAAAUCCCAUGAGCUGACGGAAAACAGUGUAAAUAAUAUUACGGCAGAAGUCCUUAAAAUAUAUGAAAGAAUAUUCAAAAAACCGGCUUAUUUUACUAAAAUUAUGCCUCACUAUUAUACCGAAGAUAUUGUGCUUUGUUAUGAUGAAAAUGAUAAUCAAAUUUCGCCGGAACCAUUUUUAUCACAAUAUCCAAAAGGUAUUGUGAAACGUAUUCCUGAAGAGGCGAAAAACUACAAAUGGUUGUCAUUGAUCGUAACUAAUUGGCGAAUGAGGCUUAAUGGCAGUGAAGAAUAUAGUGGGCUUUUAGCAAUGAGAUGUAGACAACUCAAAAUUCUUGGCUAUACACCAGUUGCGCUUUGCCAUCGUGAAUGGAACUCACAUGAGGAUGAUGACGAACAAUGUGAAAAAUAUCGAGAGAAUUAUUUAAGAAAACUAUUAAAUGUUAAAUAAUAUGUUUAUAAAGAGUUGAAAUGUUCAAAAUGAAUAUUAUUUCUCGUAAAAUUCAAUUGCAUUUAAAAAAUUUGUUUAAAAAUAAAUUAAGCAUUUUUACAGUUUAAA